AUGCCCUCUGGCUCAGUCAGCCGGACCGGCGCAUGCCAGCGCUGUCACCGCCGAAAGGUCAAAUGCGACCGCGCCCGGCCGUCAUGCGUACCUUGCUCCCGGAUCAACGUGCAAUGUACCUACGCCGCGAGGGAGCAUCAGAUACAACUUCGCCGGCAGGAUGUCGAGAGGCUUGAGCAGCAUAUACGAGACCUGCAGGCAGAGAAUGAUAAUCUGACAGGGAGACUAGCCGAGCAGCAACGUCAAGCAGACACCGCGGAUGAGAGGCUUGCGACUCCGAAUACGACGUCAAGUCUAGGGCUGCAGACUGACGAGGCUGAACCACCAGCUGCUGGGGGCGGCGAGAUUGCUAGUCAGGUCAUUCAUUUAUCACUCAGCGCUGGAGGAGGUCGAGACUUUGUCGGCUCGACGAGCGGGUUGUUCCUCGCCAAUCUGCUACAGUCUCACAGCCAAUUUUCCGGGACACCUAGCCAUACUGUUGGCCAACACCUAAGCUCAACGUCGCGUCAUCACGGACGUACGGGAAGCCUUGUGCCCAGUGGAGCUUCGACUUUGCCUCCAAGGAGCAUGACGGUAGAGAUACUAGAUGCAUACUCCAGUCACGACCGGCUUUGCUACCCGUUUCUCUCACCGAAAGCACUGGAUCGAGCAUUAGAUGCCGUGUACGAGGUAGGACACUUGGAGAAGGCGGAUCCGAUCGACAGCUUUCUCGUCGACAUGACUCUUGCCAUCGGAACGGCGCAAGUCUACAAGCUGAACUGGAACGGGUUCUGGGAUUCUGAGGUGCAUUACAUGCGUGCCAUGACGCGCUUGGGCGAUGUGCUCUCUCGAGGAGGCAUCACUGCUCUUCAGGCCUUGCUUCUGAUCUGUCAGUACAGGAUGGGAACGACAUCACACGAUACGAGUACUAGCGUCUGGCACUUGAUUGGGGUUGCGGCGAGGACAUGCUUCGAGCUUGGCCUGCACAAGGCGUCGACGUAUACCGUCCCUCCGGCACGACCAGGUGAGGAGGCGGAUGCGGCUGGAAGACAUGAAGACAUUGAGAUUAAGAGGAGGUGUUUCUGGAGUGUGGUAUCGAUGGAUCGAAUUGCCAGUCUCAUUCUGGGACGGCCGCUGGCUAUUCAGCUUGAGGAUAUCGACGUCGAACUCCCGCCCUUCGACAUGCCUGGCUGCCCCGCCCCGCUUUCCAAUUCCUUGUCGACGGCCACUUUUAGGACUCCAGAAUGGCAUCUCGGAACCGCAGUCUUUGUCCACAUCGUGAGGUAUCGAUUAAUCUGCGGCAAGAUCCUCAACGUCCUCCACCGCAGUGCGAACACUUCCCGAGACCCAGUCACCUACGAAGACAGUCGAAGCGCCCUCGUCGAAGAGCUCCAGUCAUGGCGUGAGGGGACGACGAACCUACCACUGAUUCCCCCAGAUGCGCCGCUCACCUCACCCGCCAGCAGGUCCAGUUUCCGCUCGGCGGAAUGGUACAAUCUCCUGUACCACAACGGGAUCCUGAUGCUGUUCCGCCCGUCUCCCACAUUAUGCGAUGCCACUGGAAAUAGCAUCGUGCUACAACACAUGUUUGACUCUUCGCAAGAGGCAAUAAAGCUGUACGCCAACCUACAUCGCUCCAGAAAGAUCAACUAUUCUUGGGUGACACUCCACUCCGUCUUCAUCGCAGGGCUCUCCUACAUCUAUGCACUGAGAAAUCAUCUCCAGCACAUACAAAGCCGGAACCCCGCGAAUGCAAACACGCCUAGAGCUACACUACGAACAACCCCCACAAUCAGUCAGGUGGUCAACGACACCCGAGCCUGCUCAAAAGUGCUGGUGGCGGUAUCGGAGAGAUGGGCCAUGGCGCGCAACUGCUCUGAAGUGUUUGACCGCCUCAGUGACGCCGUUGUCGCUGAUAUUGUUGAAGCCCAAACUGGUCACGGUUCAUCAUCAAAUGAGCCGGCUUAUAACAACCAACCCACAGGCGAGACUGAACACCUAUCUCAAGCUAUGGACAUGAGCCUCAAUGAUGCCAUGUAUGGUCAAGCCUCUGGCCAGAAUUUUGUCAAUAUGACAGUCGACGAGACUUUACGAGAUUGCUUCGGGGAUCUGCAGAAUAUCUGCUAUGACCAGUAUCACAGCGAUGCGAUUGCUCAACUUUCCCAAGAUUGGUUAUUUGGGAUGGGAAAAACUCCAAGUCGCUACUUCUAG